UUCAAGUUUUUUUUUAUUAGAUUGAUAGCCAAUCAUGCUCCAAAUCUAAUAGAAUCAACAUAAAAAAAACAUCAUGGUUUAAAAUAAAAAUGCUUGACCUAGUUUGACUUUGUGAUUCAUGAGUUGACUGGUAAUUGAGUGAUAUAUGUUCCUAACCAUUGAACAAAAUAAAAGGUUGUUAAAUCAAUAAUCAUUAAGGGAUCAACUUAUAAUUUAUAAGACUAUAAGGACCAAAUUACAACUACGUCAAAAACAGAAACUAACUCCCACGAGAACAGAAGAUCUUGCCGAAGAAGAGGACACAAAAAUGCCACGACUGUCUGCAACAAUCUCUUUCUCUCCUCUUCUUUAAUUCUCAAAUACACCGACAACCUCAAAAAAAUCCAGAAACAAAUUCAAGCAUGGAUUACUACAAGGUCUUAGGUAUAAACAGAACCGCAAGAAAAGAAGAAAUAAAAGAAGCAUAUCGAAGAUUAGCGUUAGAACUCCACCCAGACAAACACGCACGAUCAUCAAAUCCUGUAAGAGAGAAAGCCACCCUCAAAUUCAAACAAGUCUCUGAAGCUUACGAAAUUCUUAGAAACGAUAAAAAACGUGCUGAUUACAACUUUCGGUCCUCUUAUUCUUCUUCUAAUAAUCACACGGGAAGGAAUUAUUAUAGUAAUAAAAGUUAUUAUAAUCGUGGGGGCUAUGGAUAUUAUCAUAAUUAUGAUAAUAAUGAUUAUGAUUCGAGGUUUAAUAGGUAUAGAAAUUCUGGGUGGAGCUCAAAAUUGGAGAAUUUGAUCAAGUUCAUGACCACUCGUGCGUUUCUUCUCAAUGCAGCUUUUGCCUGUGCCUUACUUGGUGGGUCCGUGGUGGUGGAUAUGGGAAAGGAAGCACUGUGGAAUAUGCACAAUUCAGGGAAAUCAUUUGAGGAUGCCGUGGAAUCUAUCAAGAAAGCCAGAGCACAUAGAGAUGAGGAUGAGGAUGAGGCUUGAUAGCCAAGAGGACCGACCAUAUUCUUUGAUUUCUACUAAUGAAACCAGAAACUUUUCUUGCAUGAUUGGAGAACCAAGUACUAGAGCAUGGGAUUCGAAGACUUGUCCUCAACCGUAAUAUAUCUCCAGACUUUAGUGAAUAUCACAUUUUUUUCAUCAUUGAAAGAUCCAUAGAUCUUGUAUUGGCCCUUAUUCUGUACAGGAGAUGCUUCAAAUACAUCCCAGGGGAUUUUGUAAAUACCCCUUUCCAGAUCAGGAUUUGUAAACAGAGUUGUACUUGUGUGACUGGUAUCCAGCCCUUGAUGUUAUAUAUGCUUAAAAUAAUCCUCAUUGUUUUGGUUCUUCA